AUGACUCCCCAAGAAAAAAGUCUAAAAGCGACCCGACAAAAAUUAAAAUCUUUACUGGCUGGGCUAAAAAUUGACGGUCAGGAUGCUUACCAGCAAAUAAAAACUGAUAUUAAGAACUCCGAAACCGCCCUAAAUAAAGCCAUAGAAAUCUGGCAAAAGUGUCAAGAGAUUGACACUGCUACCAACGACGACAAAGGAGAAUUAUUGGAUGCUCUCAACAACCUCAAAAAUGACACUCACAAUAGUACGGUCUGGACCGCGAUAAAUAAAUACAGGAAGGACGGCCAAGACCAAGCCCAGCAACGGCAAAAAGAUUAUUCGCAAGUCAAAAACGCCCAGAACCCCACCGAGUUCGCAGCCGCCAAAAACGAGUUUAUGAAUAAACAUGAGUAUAAGAAUAAUAAACAAGAUUAUGAUGAGAUUUAUUUUCCUCUGGCAGAAAAAGCGGCAGAGAUUAGAGCCCAAGGAGAUCAGGCUAACUCUGAUGAAAAAGAAUUAACCAAACUAAUAACUAUAGUAGUAUCUGAUUAUACUGACUGGAAAACUCAAUUAACAGAUUUAGAAGACAAGUUAAAUAAAUUAAAAAGUUAUACUCAGGGUAACAAGCACCAUAAUAUCAUCGCUAAUUACUCCUCAAUUCAACAAGAAGCCUUGAAAAAAAUGAUAAACAAGAUGGAAACCAAACUCCAAGAAUGA